AGGGAAGCAGAGGGGAGAGAGAGGGUGUGGGCAAGUGGAAGUUACAUUGUGAGUUAACAUGAUUCUUUCUUUCCCCCGGACUCUGCGUUACAGACUUAUACCGGCUGGACCUGCUGUGUGACUACAGCCGGCUGCACUCGCUUCUUCGCCGUGCGCUUUGGUUAGUCUGGCUGUGUAGUGAGCUCUUGGGUGUGGUAGUUGAUCAGUCAUGGUUCUUCUGGGUGUGUUGGGUAGCCUGCUCCAGAUGCUGUUCCUGCGGUCGUGUGUGGGCCAGUUCCCCCGGCCUUGCGCCAACACAGAGGCGCUGCGUACCAAGCAGUGCUGCCCGGUGUGGGAGGGGGACGGGUCGGCCUGUGGAGCCACGUCAGGCCGAGGGUUCUGUCAGGACGUGACGGUAUCGGAAGAGCCCCACGGGCCACAGUACCCACACACUGGGAUAGACGACCGAGAACGGUGGCCGCUGGCCUUCUACAACCGCACAUGCCAGUGUGCAGGUAACUACGGGGGUUUUGACUGUGGAGAGUGCAGGUUCGGCUACUUCGGCCCCGGCUGUGCCGAGCAGCGGGAGUCUGUGAGGAGGAACUUCCUCUCGCUGUCGGUGGCGGAACAACAGCGGUUCAUCGCCUACCUGAACUUGGCCAAGAACACCGUCACCGCUGACUACGUCAUUGUCACAGGAACUCGCGCUGAGAUGGGUACAAAUGGAGAGAACCCAAUGUUUUCAGACGUGAGUGUAUACGACCUGUUUGUGUGGAUGCACUACUACGUGUCCAGGGACACACUUCUUGGGGGACCAGGAAAUGUUUGGCCGGACAUAGACUUUGCACACGAGUCUGCGGCGUUCCUGCCAUGGCACCGAGUGUAUCUGCUGCACUGGGAGCACGAGAUCAGGAAGAUGACGGGGGAUUUUAACUUCACUAUCCCAUACUGGGACUGGCGAGAUGCAACAGACUGUACGGUGUGCACGGACAACCUGAUGGGUGGGCGGAGCCCGCUGAACCCCAACCUCAUCAGCCCAGGCUCUGUGUUCUCUUCAUGGAAGGUGAUCUGUACCCAGCCAGAGGAGUACAACAGCAGAGCAGCACUGUGUCCCGGGACAGGGGAGGGGCCUCUGCUGCGCAACCCUGGUAACCACGACCCUAACCGUGUGAGGCAUCUGCCCACCUCGGCCGACGUGGACUUCGUGGUGGGUAUAGAGACUUACGAGACGGGAGCCAUGGACCGCCAAGCCAACAUGAGCUUCAGGAACUCGCUGGAGGGUUUUGCGAGUCCUGAGACGGGGAUGGCUAUAACAGGACAGAGUACGAUGCACAACGCCCUCCACGUCUUCAUGAACGGAACCAUGAGCUCAGUACAGGGCUCAGCCAAUGAUCCCAUCUUCCUCCUGCACCACACCUUCAUAGACAGUAUCUAUGAACAGUGGUUGAGGAGACACACGCCGCCUCGCUCCCGCUACCCAACAGCCAACGCUCCGAUUGGUCACAACGAUGGUUACUACAUGGUUCCCUUCCUGCCACUCUACCGCAACGGUGACUACUUCCUGGGCAACAAGGUCCUGGGUUACGAAUACUCCUACCUGCUUGACCCAGGAACGAGGUUUGUCCAGGAGUUCCUGACUCCCUACAUGCAGGAGGCUCAGCUGAUCUGGCAGUGGCUCCUGGGAGCAGGACUCAUCGGGGCCAUCCUGGCAGGAAUUGUCAUGACGACCGGGGCCCUGUUUGUCAGGAGGCGGAGCAGAACAGGAAGAUGAAGUCGACUUCAUCCUUCGGGGAGAGACAACCCCUCUUACAUAGCAGCUCAGAGGAAGGAUCAGGGACCUCCUACCAGACCACACUGUAAUACACACACACACACAAACACACAAAGACACACACACAAACACAAACACACACACACUAAGACACAAACACACAACGACACACACACACUAAGACACACACACUAAGACACACACACACACACACACACACACACACACAUACACACACACACACACACACACACACAAACACACAACGACACACACACACUAAGACACACACACUCACACACACACACACACACACACACACACACACACACACACACACACACACACACACACACACACACACACACACACACACACACACCAGAGACAUUUCAUUCCAAUAUGCCUCGUUCUGCUGCUCUUGAUCUGGGGGUUAAUCUGACACAUAUCAAACAGUAGGGAGACGUUCAGUGACAAACAUGAAAUGACCAAUCAUAUUAAAGUCCAACUGCAGUCCAGUCCUGAGUCCCGUUCAGGACCACAACACUACAGUCAAACUGUAUGGGACAUGUAUUUGGGUCUGUUAGUGUUGGUUUUGUUUCCACUCAGUCCAGUCCUGAGUCCCGUUCAGGACCACAACACUACAGUCAAACUGUAUGGGACAGGUAUUUGGGUCUGUUAGUGUUGGUUUUGUUUCCACUCAGUCCAGUCCUGAGUCCCGUUCAGGACCACAACACUACAGUCAAACUGUAUGGGACAGGUAUUUGGGUCUGUUAGUGUUGGUUUUGUUUCCACUCAGUGCUGUCUAUGGGUCCCUGUCCCCAUUCCCUCCCCUAUUCCCCCCGUCCUUCCCCUCUCCCCACUGCCAUGGAGAUGCUGGUGCUAUGGGGAUGUUGUACUGUGUACUGUUAAUACUGUGUACGGUAUGAUGAUGUAUACUGUUGAUACUGUGUACUGUAUUAUACUGUGUACUGUUGAUACUGUAUACUGUAUUAUACUGUGUACUGUUGAUACUGUUUACUGUAUUAUACUGUGUACUGUUGAUACUGUGUACUGUGUUAUACUGUGUACUGCAUUAUACUGUGUACUGUUAAUACUGUGUACUGUUGAUACUGUAUACUGUAUUAUACUGUGUACUGUUGAUACUGUGUACUGUAUUAUACUGUGUACUGUUGAUACUGUGUACUGUAUUAUACUGUGUACUUUAAUACUGUGCACUGUAUUAUACUGUGUACUGUACUUUACUGUGUACUUUAAUACUGUGUACUGUUGAUACUGUGUACUGUAGAUACUGUGUACUGUAUUAUACUGUGUGUACUGUUGAUACUGUGUACUGUGUGAUAACUAUGCCACUAUGAGAACCAGAGGGCAAAUGAAUAAUAUACAUUUAAUUUGAAUAUGGUGCAUUAAAUCCAUCUUGAU